AUGACCAUCUCGCAAUCCCGACUAAGAGGCUCCCUUCCAUGCACCGAGACGCUGUCGUACAGGGCUUCUGUUGCCGUACGAGAAGCUGUCACGGCUGCCACACAGGCGCCGCCACAUCUCCGUCAAGCCGAUGACGCGACACGACUUUCCAAACUUCUAGAGUCCCACAAGCGAGAACGCCUAGGCACUUACAUGUACAUGGCACCUGAGGUUUACCAGCGCCAAAAGUAUGAUGAAAAGUGCGACUGCUUCUCUUUCGCGAUGCUUCUGUACGAGGUGUUCCAUCGCUACAUCACCGCGUGCUCCCUGGAACCCACCUCGCAGAUGGAGAGAUACGCCCGACAGGUAUCUCAAGGCUUCCGCCCUGCUAUCCACGAGGACCUGCCAUCGCCGCUGCGUCGCGUCAUUCGGCAAUGCUGGGCCCAGAAUCCAGAGCAUCGACCUGAUAUGGGGACAGUGGCCCAGGAGCUUUGGGCCAUGGAGGCUCGCGGUGUGUUGGCAGCCCUGGACCGCAAGCAGCAGGCUCCGGAGCUUGGCGGCCUCCUGGGGGCGUGUUGCUGCUGCUGUGUCGUGUGUUGA